AUGGCCUCCUCCUUUGGAUUAUUUUCCCUCCCUCGGGAGGUGCGGGACAUGGUCUACGAGCACUACUUCGCCGUUGCCGGCGGCUAUGUCUACGAUUCGCAAUCGUUCCUCAGGGGCAAGUUGAGAAGGUCAGGGGUCUUCAGUCGCCGCAUCGACCUCGAUCUCAUCUUCACCUGCAGACAGGUAGCCAUGGAAACGAAAGGCCUCCCAUUUCGCGCAAACACCAUCACAUUUAAGACAGUCACCUCACAAGAUCUCGGGUUCGCUCCUCUGCUCGACCGCCUGAGGGCAGAUCGAGGCUAUUUCGGUUCUUUCCGUCGCCAGAAUUCCAAUGGCGAAGUGCCGUCGGUUUACCGCGAGUUCUGCAGGGACACACUCCAGGCCCUGUCGCUCUGCAACCCGGACGCACUGGAUAUCCUGCCGCUCGCUCACAGAAGCGCUCUUCGUACACCAACAUGCCCAAUUCACCACUGGGUCAUUCCGUCCCAAGACGACGUGGAUAGACUGUUUUCAAGUCUUCACGAGACUUCUGAGUUGACAAUUGAGAGGCGGUUCAUUCUUGACGGCAUCCAACGCUGUUCGGGCGCCGCAGUAGCAAUCCACUUUAUGGGAUCCUUGCCCACCGCCUCACGCAUGCAGCUCCGCGACGUUGUUCUGGACGAGGAUCACGAAGCCUGGCAAAACUUCUUCCCGGCCAAAAAGACAGUACAGUCUCCCAUAAAGUUCAUGUUGAGAAUGACCGACCGUGUCUCGAGAUGGAUGGUGGAAGCCCGGGCUCUCCCCUCCGCCGGCAUGCCCGCUGCGUCUUUCUCCUUGCUGCUCGACGGCAGCGGCCCCGUUUCGCAGCACUUCUCCCACGCCUUCCAGUUGACAGUCCAGCGGCAUGCUGCGUGGCAGCUAGCGUGGACGGCAUCACAGGAGCGUCGUGACCCUCCGGUGCUAUCCUGGUUCGAUCGGCGCGGGGGGGAGGUGUUACCUAUGAGGGGGUAUUAUGGAUACUUCUAUGAGGAUUUCCCGGCAGCCAUGAGAGACCUUGUCAACGACGACCCCAUGUCGAUUGUUCGCUGCAACUUCGACGUCGGUAAACCUUGGGACAUAGGAAACAGCAUUCCGGAUCAUCAGUCUUGGAGUAUCUUUAAGUGGAACACCGAGUGGUACAGACACGACAGGCAGUGGUGGGAGGUGGUCUCCUCCUUUUGCACCUAUUGA